AUGUCGGCAUCACUUGCUCCUGAAUGCAACGAGGUCAAAGAGAAAUAUGAUAGCUGUUUUCUGAAGUGGUAUUCCGAGAAAUACAUUCGAGGGAAUUCGUCCACCGAUGAAUGCGAGCCGCUGUUCAAGCAGUACAAGAGUUGUCUGACUAGAGCCCUCAAGGACAAGGGUAUCGACAGCAUGCUGUCGGAAGCCCGAGAAGGCACAAACGAGACAGAUGCCGAGCAUUUAAAGCGAUAG